UGCACAGAACUGGUCAGUUCUUUAUUUUUAUUUUAAAAUCCUGCUUUUGAAGGUAUGUAAUUUUGAUGAUUUUCCAAUGCAGUAGCGUCAGGCAUGGAUGAAGAUCAACACGCAAAUUCAGGUCCUUCUAACAAAUCACCAAAUCAAGUGCCCCAAAAGCAAAAAAAAAAGCCAAGAGGCCCUACAAAAGGAAUAAAAUCCAUGCCCGGGGUUCCAAGAAUAAUUGAAUGGGAUCACUUGGACCGACCCACAGGGAAAUGGGCAACGGAUUACAAGAAUCACAUUGGCGAGAUAAGUCGCGCAAAGGUUUCAAUAUUGAUCAGAACCUGGGAAGAUGUUUCACAAGGAAUAAAAGACACUUUGUGGGAAGACGUCAAGAGAGAAUUUCAUAUCACAGAUGAAACUAAGAAAGAAGUUGUCUUAAAGAGUUGUGAUAAGCGUUGGAGGGAAUUCAAAUCAAGAUUGACGACUGGUUGGAUCCGGGGUACAAGAAAAAGGCCAAAAGAUGAAAAGAUGCCAUAUGAUUUGUAUAGUUAUAUAACUAAGGAUAUAUGGAAGGAAUUUGUGAAGAUACGUACCUCCGAAGAAGCUGAGGAAAUAAGUGAGAAAGCAAGACAAAGUCAAUCUUUCAACAUAUAUCCUCAUCAUAUGGGACAGAAAUCAUAUGCUGAAAUGACAAGUGAAUGGCAGAGAAAAGGGUACAUUCCCUCAGUUUCUUCGUCAUCUGAAGGUUCCUCUGCGUCUACAAUUUCUUCAAGUUUGCCGAGUAGGACAUGUUUAUGGCUUCUUGCAAGAUCGGUACCAGAUGAGAAAGGAAAUCCUUACUUGCCGGAUCAGGGCACACAAAAGGUCAAAGAAAAUAUUGAUGAAUGGAAAAGGAAACAAGAUGAAGGGGAAUUUGUUCCCAAAAGUGCACGAGAUGAUGUCUUAUCUCGUGCACUUGGUAAGACUAAAGAAGGGAGACCACUAACAUUUGGUGGUGGAGUAGGCAUCAAAGCUGUGUGGGGGACCGGAGAGCGGCGUAGCUUUCGACGGUAUGGAGAUGCGGAGAUGGAGGAAAUGGAAGCAAGAGUGACCAAAAGGGUCAAAGAUGAGACAAUACAAGAGAUGAACUCCAAGAUGGAUGCCAUGGUCAUGGAGAAAUUUAUCACAUUUGCUAAAGAACUUGGUGUCCAAAUACCAAGCCAUAUGAGGAUAGACGCAAAUGUUCAUAGUAGUUGUCGUUCCGGGGGUUUAGAUCCAUUUGCCGACAUUACGGUAUGAUAAUUUGUGUUUUUCAAGUAAUUUGUUUCUAGUUAAUUCUAUUGAACUUUUCUAACAUGUUACAUUGUAUUUGCGUUAUUGUUCAAAAUAAAUAAUAAGGAACCUGUCCCGUGCCAUCUAUACCUGAACAUAGGCUCGGAGAAAGUCUUUGUUGCCUAUGGUACCAUAUGUCCAGAGUUGCUCCUUGAUCACCACAACGACGUCACGUCCGAUAACGUGAAAGUGAGCGUUGAUGAUUUUGAGCCCGCGUACAAAGAAGCUCCCGUCCCCGUGCCUUCUCAAUAUAUUAAGAAACUUGCUCAAGCUCAUGGUACCUUCACUCAGUGGCCAAAGCAUUUGGUGUCGCUUAUGAAUGAGGAGGUAAACAAGCCUACAAGUAAAGAGCCUAAAGGGAAAGGGAACAAAGGGAAAGAGAUAGUGGUUGGGGGAAGUGGAACAAAAGCGUCCAACACUAAAUCAAAAACCUAUUUCCUUGAAAAUUAUAAAGUGCAAAAUUUGAGUGGUAAGUGCAAUGUGAUGAAAACUAUGAUGUUGGGAUUAAAAGAAGGGGAGCACGUUAAGGUACAUUGCACUAAAAGGACAUUCAAUAUGGAAAAGGACUUUGAAAUUAGUGUCACCGUUGAAGACACCGAUCAACUUCUCUCGGGAGCAUGGCUCAAUAUAUCAAUAAUACAAGUUUUUGUUACGGCUUUGAGUGAGUUGUGUUUUCACGAUGAUUGUCACCCCAAUAGUAUUGGAUUCAUGUGCCCGGAGAUGAUCUCGGCCACCAUGUUAAAGUCCGAUGCAGAUCGAAUUCUAUUGUACAUGACGAGGUCCAUGAGUGCACUUAGUUCUAAGACAUUCAUCUUAUGUCCAUACUACGAAAAGAGUCACUGGAUGCUUUUAGUUCUUUGCUUGUCUAAACGUGAGGUCUACAUAUUUGAUUCUCAACAGAAGAAGAGAAAUUUGAUGAUUAAGGAGCCACUAAACAAUGCUUUUCGGAGUUACAAGAGACUAGGUGGACAAUCUAAGGGAACUAAAUUAACAUGGAUUCCAGCACAG